AUGUUUAAACGGUAUAUAGAUCAGGAAAGAGAUAGAAGAAGCACGGGGAUUGAGGAGCUGGACGUUCUUUUGGGGGGAGGGAUCCGAAACGGAGAAAUUCUUCUUCUGGUGCAGCAGGAGAGCGUGCGAUACCACAUUGGGCUGCACCGGGUGUUUUUGGCGCAAGGCCUGGAGGAGAACGAGCGCGUGGUGCACUCUUCUCUGGACAACCCGGUGGUGUCUGUUCCGGGGCUGCAGCAGGCGCAGGAGACAGGGCCAGCCACCAGCCAGGAAAAAAUAGCCUGGAGGUACACGGCCAUGUCUAGAACGGCGAACACUGCGCGCAUACAAGGAAGCGCUGCCAACACUGCGCGGCGGUUCAACCUCAGAGCGCAGCAUCCGAAGCAGGAAAGCGUGGCGUACGUGAAAGAGGCCAGCCUUUCUGCAAUGCUGGCGGGGAUAAAGGCUGCUCUGGGCAAGAACACGCGGGUCUCGCUCAGCUCGCUCUUUUCUCCGAUAUGGGGUGCGUCUUCGCAGGAGGCCAACGACUUUCUGUUUGGCCUGCGCGCGGCGAUUCGGCAGAGCGGCGCUGUUUGCAUGGUUUCAGUGCCCGUGUACCUGCUGGACUCGUUCAACUACGGGUACUUCGACUCUGUUGUCCGCCUGGAGGCAAACACCGUGAAGGAGCUGAAGUACGACGGGUUUAUACAGUGUGUAAAAACAGAGGUGAACGACGUGCACAAGUAUGCGGUUCUCUGCCAAAGCACAGGGAUCCGGGUGGAGAAAAUAGUUCUUCCGCCAGAGUAG